AUGUCUGAAAGAUCAUACAUUGUUGAAUGUCUUUCACCAGUUCUUCGUGCAUUUAGGAAUUCCUUUCCUGAAAUAAAAUAUGAGUGGAUUGAAAAGGACAUUAGAUCAAUAAAAGAUGCAAAUAACAUCUUUUUGAGUAAUAUGCAACCCCGAAAAAGCGGAUUGUUAAUUUUGAGGUUAUCUGAUGCCACUGAAAUUUUAGAUAUUGAAGUCUCUGGACCAUUUAAUUCUAACAAAAAACACACAGUUGGAAACGCAAAAAAAUUACUUCCGAUAUCUGUUUGUGGUUUGUGUAGAAUACUUGCAAAUAAUUUUGAUUGUUCGAUUAAGGACGCAAAGGAGUUAGAACAUAUUGCAUUCAAGCAAUUCACAUUAUUUGCUACUUCUCUCAUUGAUAAAAAGAAAUAUUUAGCCACAAGCAUAAUACCUUUUUCAUUUGACGCUAUCUCAUCUGAUAAUAAUAAUGGUGAAGAUUUACGGGAAUGGAUACAUCAACCUGAUGAUGAUUUAGCAGUCGUAACUGAAGAUGAUAUGGAUGAAAUAUUUUUGUAA